CGGAUUCGACGAGAACGGUCAAGGGCGUGGUCUGGAGGGAGAUGGGCGGGGCCAGGGUUAGAAUUUUGGCGGGCGAUUGAAGCGAAGGGAGAGUGGGGACCGGACUGUUGUUUAAAGGGCGGAUAACAGAGAAGUCUUGGUGCUGUGAGAAUAUGGAUGCAGAUGAUAGUUUAGACUUGCUGGCUUCCUUAUUAGAGGAGAAUGAGACAACUGCCAAGGAAGAUCCUGAUGAGAAGACCCUUGGUGAGGCUGUAGAUGGAGACCCUGAUGAGUACGAUGAACUCUUUGAUGCCGAAGAUGAUGCUUCAUACUCUGAGGAGCUGGAUUCUGGCGAGGGAGAAUCUGGGGACUGCAAGGAAAAUGUGGCAGGGUUGUUUGGAGAUGUGGGCGACCUCUCGGAAGAGGAGGAAGAUGAAACUGCACAGGAAUUGCCUCAGCCUCUAUCAAAGGAAGAUCUUCAAGAUGAGCUGAGGCAAUUGCAAGAGCAGAUGAAAAGAUUACAGGAACAGUUAAAAAUAACAGCAAUCGGAAAGCCAGCAAGCUCUCCCCCUGGCAAGAAAACGGCUGGUAAAUUGCCCAUUGCCCCCUUAAGGGAGAAGAAGUCUCCCAGACUUCAAGAGUCACCAUGUUUCUCAGCUCAACUCAACUCUCCUGUUCUACUGCCCUCCCAGGGCCAGAAGAUGAAACCUGUGCUGUCAGAGAAGCAAACCCCAGCUCCAAGGCCAACAUCAAGUUCUUUGCCCCAGCCUCUGAAGUCUCUUGCCAGAAAGAAAUCUGAUGUGGGCACCAGUCAGAGAUCUCAAGCGCUGCAAAGUUCCAGUGCCAUUAAUUCAGAAGUGUCUGUGGAAACCUUUUCUGGACUGAGGAUAAGAAAACGCCGUGUGUCUUCGGCUGAAAUGGAGAAGAAAAUGGCUGGUCGAAGGUUUAUUAGACUCUCUCAAUUACAAGACAAGCUUUCAUCAGGAAAUCUUGAGGAAAUGGACUGGGUGACUUUUGGUGUUAUCAUAAAGAAAGUCACUCCUCAGAGCUCCAGUAAUGGUAAAACGUUCAGCAUCUGGCGCUUGAAUGACCUGUGUGAGUUCAAUAGAUGUGUCUCUUUGUUUCUCUUUGGUGACGUUCACAAAGAUCACUGGAAAACAGACCAAGGCAUGGUCAUUGGGCUGCUCAAUGCUAAUCCCAUGAAAUCAAAGGAAGGGUCGAAUGAGGUGUGUCUGUCUGUCGAUCAUCCCCAGAAGAUCUUACUUUUGGGUGAGGCCAUGGAUUUGGGAACCUGCAAAGCUAGGAAGAAAAAUGGAGAGCCUUGCACACAGAUGGUUAAUCUGAACAGUUGCGAGUAUUGCCAGUAUCAUGUCCAAUCACAGUACCGGCGGCUCAGUUCAAAGCGGGCAGAUCUGCAGUCAACCUUCUCAGUCACUCGGGCUCCAAAAAGGACUGCGAAGAAGGCCCUUGGCUUGAAGGAGAGACUUUGUCAAGAUGGAUUUUAUUAUGGAGGGGUUUCCUCAGCAGCCUAUGCAGCCACAGCAGCAGCAGCUGCCGCUCCCAAGAAGAAGAUCCAAACUACUCUAUCCAGUUUAGUUGUGAAAGGAGUCGACGCAAUUCUGCAGGAAACGAAGCAAAAACUGGGAUUGCCAACGUGUUCUGAGGAAUUCAAAGAACUGUUGGCCACGCCCUCCUUUGGUGCACGAAACCUAAACCGGCACUUAGCCAAAGCCAAUGCAUCAGCAGCACUGACUGGAAAGCCAAGUCCAGCUUUCCAAUCCAUCUCUGCCUCCGUCUUGCUGAAACAGCAGAAGCAGCAAAUGCUGGAAUCCAGGAAAAGGAAGUCUGAAGAACUGCAGAGGCGGUUUCUGCAAACGACAAAUAACGCAAGUGGCCCAGCACUGCCCUCUUCCUUAGGGCCGUCUGCACUGCUGUCUCCAACUCCAGGGGCUGAAUUCCCAAAAACUGCAAAACUGUCCAGCCCCCAAACACCUAGACUUGCCACGGGGUUCUCCGAAGGAGAUGAUAUUCUCUUCUUUGACAAAUUGGCUCCUUCAACAUUGAAACCAAAUGGCUUGGCAGAGGCUAAAAAGAUAGCAGCUAUAAAUAAACUGCGUGCAAAGGGCCGGAUCCUUUCCAAAAUUGACCCAAACAGCAUAAAACGGAAACGAUCCAAUUCUGACAUUCUAGAAACUGCUGAGAAAAUCCAGAAAAAUAUUUCUGCAUCAGAAGAUAAUGAUACUGAUGCGGUAGAACCUGUUCAAAAGAAACGUUGUGAACAGCUUUCGUAUUUGGAAUCUGAAGAAUUUCAAGAGAUCCUGCAUGCCAGAUCCAAACAUACAGGUGUCCUUAAGGAGUUUGAAGCAGAGAUGCAGGAACGCUAUUUUGAGCCACUGGUGAAAAAGGAGCAAAUGGAGGAGAAGAUGAGGAGUAUCAGAGAGUUGAAAUGCCGCGUUGUGACCUGCAAGACGUGCAAGUAUACUUAUUUCAAACCCCUGGAUUCCUGCGUGGAGCAAAAUCAUGAUUAUCACUGGCAUGAUGGUGUAAAGCGAUUUUUUAAGUGUCCAUGUGGGAACCGAGCCAUCUCUCUUGACAGAUUACCCAAAAAACACUGCAGUAAUUGUGGCCUCUUUAAAUGGGAACAUGACGGAAUGUUGAAGGAGAAGAAAGGUCCCAAAAUUGGUGGAGAAACUCUUUUACUGAGAGGAGAAGAACAUCACAAAUUUCUCAACAGCAUGAAGUAACUGGAAACCCCCUGAAAUUCUGAAGGCAGAUUGGUUUAUGAUGAAGCCUAUGAUUCUAAGUCUGGGAAUGAAGUCUCUUUCUACAGACUCUGUCAGGGCAUUUUGACCCUUCAACUUACUGGGGAAAGUUCCUGGUGGGCCACAGGGGAAACUACGAGCACCACAUGGACCCCUUCAGGUUGAUGACUCAGCCUUUGUGUGUCUCCCCCCCCCCCCCCACAUCCCAUAUCUGAUUCUUUGCUGUCAGUUUUUCUAGAUGAUUAGGAUUAAACCAUCAUUCGAUUUAGAAGGUGGUACGUAGGAAAAUAUAAAUUUACAGCUCAAGAAAGUGAUUAAAUAGUACACUGUCCAGGUUCUGCCUUUGCCUGUGAGUAUUCUGCAAGUUUCUUCAGGCCAUUCAAUCAAGGAUUGUUUACAAAGAAGAGACACCUGAGUCCAGAGAGCCAGCCGCCACAAUAUCCAACCAAUAAGAGAGAACGCACCCUGUCUUUCCUUGUUUUCUUAUGAAGUGAACAACCCAAUGUGACUCCAUGCCUUACCUUUGUAGUGUGCCAGUCCACACCCCUUCACAGACCUAGAGUAAUCCGUUGACGAGGAGGUGUGUUUUCUUAAUGAAAUGUGAUUUCCUUUGCCUCUGGUCUUGAUGCCAUUUUUCUAGCUGACACUUUUAAAUGCUUAAGAUUGUUCUAUACCUGGAUAUUUUUUAUCAGCAGUUGAGUGGUGGUCUGUGGAAAGAAAUAAUGGGAUCCCUCAAAAUUAGGUCAGAAACAUAUGAAAUAAAAUUACCUUAUAAAGUAGUAUAUUAACCUUUAGAGGAAAUCCUCAAUUGGUUGUCUUCCAAUCUUCCUCUAGAUGUGCCAGUGGCUUGAACUGUACAUUUUGCAAAAAUUUUACCCGUAUGUGAUGCUGCUAUUUCCACCAUGUGAUUUCUUGCUUUCGGUUUAGUCCAUUCCUAUUACUCUUUGUCUGCUCAGUAAACAGCGGAGUGUACAAUUUGAUAGACAGUUAAUGGAAAUGUGUUGACAAUUGUAAAUAUGAACCUGCAAUACUGAGAUUAAAUUUUUAGAAGCUAUCUGGGAAUCUGUUGGUGAAUGGUACAGGUUUAAAAAGGCCAGCAUGUAUUAUUGCAAUAAAGAGUACCUAGGUAUCAUUUCUAAAAGCCA